AUAACAUUAUCUACGGUCUUGCAUGUUGUCAAACAUUAUUUCAUUUGCACUUUUAAGAUAAUUAUAAAAUAUUCAAAACAUUUAAUUCAAUAGAACACAAGGCUUAUACUUAUAUCUUAAAACGACAUUUACAGGAUAUAUCAUAGAAAAAAUAGGUUGCGUUGUAAAAUCAUACCAAAUAUCAUCACUUCAAAGGAAUGAUAAUGUUUGUGUGGGAAGGGAAAAUGAUCACGUGAUAGGAUUGGACAGAAAAUAAUUGUGGUCUUCAUACAACGUUGCAGUUUUCUAAUUAGAGUGGUGGCUUCAAAAAGUAGCUUUGAUGGAGAGAUUUGAUGUGACAGACAAAUGAACAAUGAAUGCACAUUCUUUAUAAGCAAUAAUGGAUUCAAAGAUGGAGGGAGGAGAAAUUUCAGUGACUACUCCAGCCACUCACGAAGAGGAUGAAGCAAAAAAGGGUUUUUGGCACAUCGACAAAGAAAUGAUUCGAUUUAAGAUACAUUUCUUCUUAUUUUUUGGAGCCAUGGGAGCUAUGCUGCCUUAUUCUCCUCUUAUUGCGAAGAACAGAAUCGGAAUUUCAGCCACCUCGUAUGCAACAAUUACAACUGCUUCACUAUUUAGUACUAUAUUGACCAAAACUGCUCUGGGAUACGUAGCAGAUUAUUUCAAGAGAAUGAAAAUUAUGAUAAGUGUGCUGAUCAUCAUGCAUUGCUCGAUUUACUUAUCUCUACUUUUCAUUCCACCCAUAAUGAAGACCGCAAGAAUGACCCAAAACGACACAUUAUCUGACUACUUCAAAGACUAUAAGGUUGCAAAACUUCCUUAUCAUUUCCUUAUCAUUUCAUAUGAUAAAAAUGCUAACUGCGACGCGUACAACAAUACACCAGCAGAUGUAAAAUUUGCUGCAUCAACAACUACGGAGGUAAUAGUCACACUUGAAGGUCAGCUUGGUGAAAUUGUUUGUUUCAUAUCACAUAUAAAUUCAGUGGUGAACUGUUUUGAAGCAAACAGCGUCACAAAGAAAGAUACGAUGAAGUUAAAACCACAGAAUACUUUUUGCUGCUCUAUUUACUCUUCAAAAUUUGAGAAAUUUCACAGCUUACCAUUUCGCCAUUCUUCUAUUGCCCCAGGUGAACUGGCAAUGGCUAUUAGAAAUUCCAACAUAAGUUUUUUUCAAUGCUCACUGGUCUUUUCCGGACUAUUGACAGAACUUAUGGCACAAGAAUCUGUGAAUGAUUUUAAGACAUAUCAGUUUUGGAUUUAUGCUCUAUUGAUGUUUUUGGUGGGCACUUGUGCUAGUUCUACAUUUACAUUGUCAGAUACCAUCUGCUGUGAGAGUGUACAAAAGUACAAAAGAGAUUUCGGUCGCCAAAGGAUUUAUUCUGCCAUUAGCUGGGGUCUACUGGCGCCUUUGGGAGGACUGCUAUGUGAUUUUACUAAUGAUUUUUAUGCAACAUGGUUACUCAUGGUGUCUUUGCAAUGUUUGACUAUUUGGAAUUUGUAUAAAAUGGAUAUCGUCAUUCCACAGUUUUCUCAAAAUAUAGCAAAGGACGUCGCGACUAUUCUUAAGUCGCCAACGUUUUUGGCAUAUCAACUUGGCGUAUUUAUAAAUGGAGUAGGGUCUGGAAUUACUUGGUUUUAUCUCAUUUGGUUCGUUUCUUCAUUGGGAGCUAACAACUUUCUCUGCGGCAUGAUUCCUUACAUGCAAUGCUUUGCGGGUGAAUUGCCAAUCAUGUUCUACUCUGGAUGGAUUAUAGAAAAACUCGGGCAUUUUAAUAUAAACAGUUUAUCUCUUUUAUUUUAUGCAAUUCGUUUUUUGUGUUACAGUUACCUUCAAAACCCCUGGCUUGUUCUCCCAGUUGAAAUUACUCAGGGUUUCAAUUACGGGUUAUUUUAUCCAGCAGUGGCAUCAUUUGGAAAACUUAGUGCCAAGACCGGAACAGAAGCCACAACUCAAUCAAUUCUUUUCUCUACUCAUGAAGGAUUAGGUGCUGGUAUUGGAUGUGUCUUGGCUGGUAUUGGCUUUGAUACCCUUGGUGGCCAUUGGACUUUUUUCUACUUCAGUAUGUUUGCUUUUGGUUCUACUCUGCUCAACAUUUGCAGCACUUUAUUGGUUAGAAACUUUUACACUACAGCCAAUCCGGAACCUUCACCACCGAAGGAGUGAUUUAUGAUACAAUAACACUAAGAAAUGUUCGGAAUGUUUGCGAAAGAUGUAUCUUUCAGAUAUAAACAUAAUAUUAGUGUGUUUCAUAAACAUUAUUCUCAAUAAAUAAACUACCACUGAUUAAUUUCAAUA